GCGGCCAAUCCGCCGUACCGGAUUCUGGUGGCGAAACCGGGCCUCGACGGGCACGACCGCGGUGCGCUGGUGGUCGCGAGGGCGCUCCGCGACGCGGGCUUUGAAGUCAUCUACACCGGGCUGCGGAGAACACCCGAAGAAAUUGUCGAAGCCGCGCUUCAGGAAGACGUGGAGGCGGUUGGUGUCUCCAUUCUCUCGGGUGCUCAUCGCCCGCUGGUUCGUCGGAUCCUCGAGGGACUCGCGCAGCACGGACUCGCAGACGUACCGGUCUUCGUCGGCGGCCUCAUUCCGGAUCGCGACGUGGCGUAUCUCCGCGAGAUCGGAGUCGCGGAGGUGUUCGGACCCGACACCCCGACUUCCGAGGCGGCCCGGGCCCUCGGUUCGCGGCUCGCCGAGCUUCGCCUCCGUCGGGCCGUGCCGGGCUCCGACUCCUGA